AUGAGUUUAUGUAUUGGUGGUUGUGGUUUCUAUGGAACACCAGAACGUAGAGGAUAUUGUUCUUCAUGUGAAAAAAAGCAUCCGAAUAAUAAUUCAAGUAAUUUAACAAAUGACAGCUUCCAAAAAUGGAAAGAUGAGCAUGAUAAACAAAAAGAAGAGGAAGAAAUUCUAAAGAAACGUUCUGCUGAAUAUUUAAUUGAAAAUCAACAAAAGAAAGUUCGUAAUGAGCCUUGUGUGAAAUUUAACAUGUCGGAAGUCAGUAUGUUGACAGAUGGUGGAUUAUUUGUUGAGAUUGUCAAGUUUUUGGAAGUUUCUGAUAUGUAUCACAUUAUGCUGGCUUCAAAAUCAAUGAGUUCAUUGGUAAAUAAUGAGUAUAUUUGGAAAAUUUUAUUCGAAAACAAAUAUGGAAAUGAGGAGAAACCAAUAGUUGGAACUUGUUAUGAAAAUCUCAGAAUGAGAGGAAGGUUUACAAGAUCUGAAGUGUCAUGGAACUAUUUCACUGAAAAUCCAUGGGUAUUAGAAAAGUUGCUCACCAUUAAAAUUACCAAAAUUGGAAAAAUUGGAAAUCUCAAUUCACCAUUGGAUCAAUUAAUUCCUCCCUCAAUUAAUAGACAAAACAUCACUCAAAUAAUCAAACAUUUAUGGCAACCACUCAAAAAUGACCUUCCACAUCUUAUUGAACUACUCACACAAAGAAUCAAAAAUCUCCUAGUUGUCAGAGAUGAAUUAUCAAGAUGGCAUUUGAUUUAUGUUUUUAAAUUACAAUCAGAGGAUGAAGAGGAAGAUGAAGAGGAUGAAGAGGAAAAUGUUAGGUUUCUCUCAGGAGGUCUGCCUUACCAUCCAGGAAACUCUGGAAAUGAAUUACAAUUUGAUUGGUGGGGGAAAUGUCCAACCUCUCUGAAAAGUUUCAUGUCAAUUCAUAAUGGAUUUGGUGAUAAUCCAAGUUUGGAUUAUAGUAAGGGAACUUUUGAUAGUUCAGUAUUUGUGAAUUAUCCAAAGUUUGAUGGAUUGGAAGUUUUGACGUUUCAUCAUGGUGCUGAUUUGGAUCAAUGUUUUGUAAGAGAUUCAGGAAGUUUAGAACUAGAACCAAAAACUGGUCAGUUCUGGAGAAGAUAUAAAGGUCGUCCAUCACCUGAGAUUUCAUUUUACAAAUUUAUGGAUUCUGGAGAAAAUCAAGAAGUGGAAUAUUUUGUAGAUAGUAAUGGACAAUUAGUAUCGGAGAAAGUUGGAGAAUUUCUUGAAAAUGUUUUUGGAAUGGAUGAGUAUCCGGUUGUGAUGAGUGAAAAUCCAUCAUGGGAAAAGAAAUUAGCUGAUAAAAACAUGUUUGAAAUUUUAUUCGAAAAGUUUCGAAUUCCUUCUGUGAAUAUUGUUAAUGAAGCAGAAUUAAUCAUGCUUGAGAAUGGAAGAACUAAUGGAUGUGUUUUAAAUUCUGGUCAUGGAAAUAGUUAUGCUGUUGUGGUUCGAGAUGGAAAAUCUAGGAAUGGAUAUGAAUCAAUCUAUUGCAUUCACCAAGUCUCUUACAGAAUUGAAGGAAACUUUAUGUUUAGUUUCGAAUGA